UGGGGCUCGGUUGGUCAGGGCUUCCAGCUGGGACGCUUCGAGCCCGCACCGGAAGUGCCCAGCGUGGUUCCCGCCGGCAGCUCGGGGCCGGAGGGUUUCAGUCCCACCGCGAGGCCGACCCAAGCCCAGGGUUCAAGAGUCAGCACAUGCCGCCCGCGCAUGGCUCCCGCAACGCCGCCCUGGACGUGACCACGACAGCGCCAGCGGCGCGGGCGCCCGCUACCGACGUGCGCCCGCUACCGACGUGCGCAGGCGCCCAUGGGCUGCGCAGCCGCCAUUGCUCUCCUGCCUCCAAGCGGAGCGCUUGUUAGCAGUCGGCGGGCCUGGACUGAAGGCUGAGUGCGACGCCUCGACGACAGCGGCCCGGAGCUGCAGGAGCAACACACUUAGGGCGGGGUGCCCCGUUUAGGCCUGGCUGACUGGAGUAAGAAACUACAACCCCCCAAGUGCAUUGCGCCGCAGGGUUGCGGAGCCAGUGACCACCCACUCUGGAGCCAUGGUCCACGCCUUCCUCAUUCACACCUUGAGGGCCCCAAAUACCGAGGACACAGGCCUUUGCCGAGUGCUCUACUCCUGUGUCUUUGGUGCUGAGAAAUCACCUGAUGACCCGCGGCCACAUGGUGCUGAGAGGGACAGGCUUCUCCGGAAGGAACAGAUUUUAGCUGUGGCCAGGCAGGUGGAGUCAAUGUGCCGGCUGCAGCAGCAGGCAUCCGGCCGGCCCUCCAUGGACCUGCAGCCGCAGUCCUCAGAUGAGCAAGUGCCCCUGCACGAGGCCCCACGUGGGGCCUUCCGCCUGGCAGCAGGGGACCCUUUUCAGGAGCCACGGACGGUGGUGUGGCUGGGCGUGCUCUCAUUAGGCUUUGCCCUGGUGCUGGACGCCCACGAGAACCUGCUGCUGGCUGAGGGCACACUCCGGCUGCUGGCACGCCUCCUCCUUGACCACCUCCGGCUACUGGCACCCAGCACCAACCUCCUGCUGCGGGCUGACCGCAUCGAGGGCAUCCUCACCCGCUUCCUGCCCCAUGGUCAGCUACUUUUCCUCAACGACCAGUUUGUCCAAGGCCUGGAGAAGGAAUUCAGUGCUGCUUGGCCCCGCUGAUUCCUCAUUGGGAUGAUGCUUCGGAGGGCAGGCAGAGGGUGGACACACAGCCAGAUGAAGCUUGGCCUCUGUCUCCUGCCCAGCCUGCUCCCAGCUCUGAUGUGCUGCUAUACCAGGACAAGUAGGGGGCACAAAGGAGGAGGCUGCAGAAAGGAGGCUGGGCAGAGGGCGGAGGAAGUCCUGUCUGUCCUCAGGUUAGUGGAACCACAGAACAUCCCGAGCCUAGAGCUGCUAUGUAACUUAGACCACUGCAGUGCGGCAGCCAUGCUUGUCCUUGACCCCAGCUUCCUCCACCCCCAACAGCCACUAGUGGUAGGGUGAGGAGCUGCCUGGAACUCAGCCCACCUUCUCCUUCCAAACCCACAGUCAAGGCCAGGCAUAGUGGCUCAUGCCUGUAAUCCCAGCACUUUUGGAGGCCGA